AUGGAACUUCGCCCCGUGCUCAUCCUGAUCCUUUCUUGUACAGCGGCCGCUGAAGUGACUCAAUUUCUGAAACCGUCCAGUGCAGUCGUAGGACAGACAGUGACUUUUUACUGCUCGUUCCCGCUCUUCCGAGAUCCAAAACAAAUCACGGUGCACUGGUGGAAAGACGGCGACCGCGAAUUCUUGAACUCAAAACAGGAUUCGAGGAGAGAGUUCCAGAUAGAGAGCAAAGCCAGCGCCAUUCUGCGCAUUCACAAUGUGCGUUUUGGAGACGCUGGCGUCUAUUAUUGCAGAGUGCAGGGUGAACAUACUGGAAAUGGAACUGGCAAACGGCUGGAUGUAAGCGCUUCUCCAUGUCCUCUGAAGAUUAUUCCAAAGUUUUCUGCAAACGGCUUUCUAACAUGUAUAUGUAAAACAUCUGCGUUCUAUCCUGAUGAUUACACUAUUGCUUGGCGUAAAGAUGGUCAAAAUGUUGGAACGGGAAUAAAGACAUCCAGAACAAAGAAUGCUGAGGGACUUUAUGAAGUUACCAGUUAUUUGGUAGAAACACAGCCGGUUCAUCCUGGAACUGUUUAUGUCUGUGAGGUAUCACACUCUACCCUCAAGGAUCCAACUAGGGCCAAUUACACUGUUGGCAUUCCAGAUCGUAGUUUCAGUGAAUCUUUUCCUUGGUGGAUCUACAUCUGUGUAGCAAUAUCUGCACUGAUUCUGACUAUUAUUGUGGUGGUCAUUUGUCGUAAAUGCUGUAAACGUAAAGCUCCUAAAGGUAAUAUUCGAACGAGACAAUGUGUUCGAUGCUCUGAGCCAAUACCAAUGAAUCCCAAAUGCAAAGAACAAGGAUUAAGAAAAAAUAAUCGUUCAACGCCAGCUGUGAACCCAAGAGCUGGACCAAAUGUUAAUGAAACUGCAUCAAAACACAAGAAACACCGUAAGAAGGAGAGGGACCCUGAGUGUCCUUGAUGGUUAAAGAAGCAAUCUGAAGUGUAUUUUAUAAUGACCAUAGGUUCUCUUUGGAGAGCACCAACAUUGUUAUGGGCAGCAUACAUUCAUAAAUGAGGUUAUGAGAUAAUCCAGGGGAGUUGCAAAGUCAGAAAGUUUCUGUUUUUAACUGUAUUUGUUAACUCACUAAACUUUACUUUUCUUCUGUAAGUCAAUAUCUCCAAAUUGAUAAUACCCUUAUCUCUGAUCAAUUUUGAUAAUUAGGCCAACAUCUUCACUGGGUGUCCACUGUUUUCUGUAAUCAUUGUGAGUUCAUUCAUUUUUUUUGAAGGAACCCCAUAUUUAGGAAAGUACAACGAACAGAAAUCUAAUUUAAUGCUUGUUCCCCAGCCACACUCAUUCUGUGUAUCUUCAAGAAGUUAUAGAAUAAAUUGCCUCAUUCAUAUCCAGGAUACAGAGUUUGAAUCCACCAUUGAUAGCCUGUAAAUAAAAUUUCAGUCUUUAUUCAUUACCCCUUCUGUGGAAUUCAAGCACAUAUUCGCCCCUGCUUUCGAUAAUUUGGGAAUUGUUUGACAAUUUAAAAUAGGUGAUAGGCAAAAUGGCCUGCCAAUUCCCUAUCUCAAUUUAUAUUUACCCAGACUGUAGAAAAUCCAAGCAAGAGCUUCUACAGGUAUUGAUAAAGGAAAACAAAGUCAGUGAAGCAUAUGUUGGUCCUCUAGCGAUUGAGAAUUAGGAGUUAACAGUUGAUACUAAGGAAAUAGUGGUCAAAAUUAACAAAUAUUUUGCUUCUAAAUUCACUACAGAGGAUAAAGAAAGCGUUGCAGUAAUAGCUGUUAAUCAGAAGGUGAAGAGAAGAGGGAAACUUCAUGAAGUUACAAUUACAAAGGAGGCAGUGCUGAGAAAACUGUUAGAGCUGUAGGUUGAUUAGGCUUGGAUUUCGUCCUGGGGUCUUAAAAGCGGAAGCUAAUGUGGAAGUUGGUGUGUUUGUGUUAGUUUUUUAGAAUUCUCAAGAUGCUGGAAAAUUUCAUCAGACUAGAAAGUAGCAAACAAAAUGUCUGUACUCAAGAAGGGAGGGAUGCAGAGAAAACUGGAACUACCGGCCAGUUAGCUUGACAUCCAUCAUGGCAGAAGAUGUUACAGUACGACAUCAAGGAGAUUAUAGCUGGGAAAUUAGGAAAACACAGGAUAAUGCAUGAAAAUGAGAUUGGCUUUGUGAAGAGUGGUUAUGUUUAAUCAAUUUAUUGGAGUUCUUUGAAGUAGUAAUAUGACUAAAAUCUACCCAUUGAUGUACUUUUCUUGGAUUUCCAGAAGGAGGUUGGCCAUGUGCCACAAAAAAGAUUCUUGUGUAAAGUAGGAAUGAAUUGUAUAGUGAUUACAUCGAUGGCUAACAUGGAUAGAAGAUGAGGAGCUGGCAGGCAAAAAUAGAGAAUGCUUUCAUGCAUCUUUUUCUGAUUGGCUGGAUGUGAUGAGUGGGAUUCUGUAUUAGUUUAUGCUGGGACUUGAUCUUUUUACAGUUCAUAUCAAUGACUUAGAUGAGGGAAGUGAAAACCUGAUAGUUAUGUUUGCAUGUGACUUAAAGAUAUUCAGAAAAUUAUGUUGUAAAGAGGAUAUAAGGAACUUGCAAUCAGAAAUUCAUGGAUUGAGUGAGUGGGCAAAAAUCUGACAGAUAGAGUAUAAUGUGCAAAACUGUGGAGUUGUUCACUUUGGCAGAUAGAACUUUAAAAAAAAAUGCCGUGUUCUAUUUAAAUGGAGAAUGACUGGACAAUUCUGACGUGGGGAGGGAUCUAGGUGCCCUAAUAUGAGUCAUAAAGUUAGUUUGCAGGUAUAGCAAGUAAUUAAGACGAAUGGAAUGCUAUCCUGAAAAAUUUAACAUUAAACAAGAAUGUUAUGCUUCAGUUACUCAGGGCAUUGCUGAGACCACAUUUUAAGUAUCAUGUGUAGUUUUGGUCUCUUUAUUUGAGGAUGUAAGGAUGUUAGAGAUAUAAAUGUAUUGGAAGUAGUUCAGAGGAGAUGUACUAGAUUGAUACCUUGAAUAUCCACAUUAUCUUGUACGGUUAUGUUCGACAGGCAGCACUUGUUUUCACUGGGGUUUCGAAGAGUGAGGGUAACUUGAAUGAAGAUGACUUAUUUUUCUCUGAGUUCUUGUUCUGCAACUUUUGUAAUCUCAGCCUCAAAAAGUAAUCAAACCAGGACCACUGGAUUUUUUUAGGGCAGCAUUAGGUAGACUCUUGUGAGAUGAAUAAAUCAAAUGUUAUUGAGGGUAUAGAGGAAUGUUGAAUUCUAAACCAACAAACCAGCCUUUAACUUAUUGAGUGGUGAAGCAGGUUUGUGGAGCUGAAUGGCCUUCUACAACAAUUUCAUACAUAUAUAUGUUCUUAUUUUCAGCCAAUAUUUGGAGUUUUAUUCAGUCUUUCACAUGCAACGUUGAGAAUUCAACUGACUCUUCAGGUACUAUAUAUUGCACAACAUUUCAUUACCCUAGUCAUAUACACUUUGUUGAAUUUUUCAGUUUUCUUUUUGUGCUCAAUAGAGUAAUUCUUUUACCUUAUUAGUACCAUGUGCACAGAAUUCCAUUACCCAUUUACAUCACUGUCCAGAAUUCUCUACUCUCUCUCUUUUCAGUAUGCAGGAUCCAGUGCUCAGUUUUUUUUUUAAUCAAAUUUGACUAUCAAUUUCUAUCAUCAAAUAUACACAUUUUAUUGCAUUCUAAAUCUUCAUGUUGCAACUGCUUACAUUGUUAUGUUAAGAAAUAUUAUACCGUUACACUAAAUUUAAAAUUGCAAUCAUUGUCAGAGAUAACAUACUAGGUAAUCUUUAUAAUUUUUAGAGAGCACAGAUAAAAUAGCAUUUUACAAUCUGUUCACUUUAGCAAAGGGUCAAUGUGCAGACCGCUGGAAUUUAAGUUGGUAGAACAGGAUAGUAGAAAUCUGGAAGUCACUGUCUUAAAGGUGUUUGAGAAAGCAAAUUACACACUUGACAAUCAUUUGGAUGCCUGUUUGAAGAACUGUGAUCUGCAAGACUAUGAAGCAUAUACAGCAAUGUGGGAUGAGGCUGAGUAACUUCUCGUUGAUUGGCACAGUCAAGAUGGGUUAAGUUUUUUCCUUCUGUAUCACAAAUUUUCUCUGAUGCUAUGCAUAUUAUUUUUAUAUUCUGGUGCAUGUAUCAUUAGUACAUUAUUUACACUGCUAUCUUGUACCAAAUAUAAUUUGUUAUAAUCAAUUAUAUUUCAAAUA